CUGAGUGCGGACAGGGCCCUGCCUGAGCCAGUGCUUUCCCCGCCGGGCGGCACCCGGGGCUCCCUGACAGCCCCGUCUCCAGUGCCCACUUGCAGCCAUCGCUGCUUCUGUGCCAGAGUUCUCUUUUUCACUUGAAUGUGUUUCUUAUCUUCUCCGGGGCUGAGGUCACUCUUUGCGUCGUAGGAGUCUGCUCUUGUUCCUGGCAAGAAAAAGCCGGAAUUGUGAGAAGCAGCCACUGUCACUCCGGGUUCCUCUGUACCGCGUCCUGUAAAUAAUUUAUUUGGAUGGUGAGGGCCUGAGACUGAAAGCAUAUGGAGCCUCACUGUCCAUAACCGAGCGAAGUCUGUGUUCAGAGCUUGAAUGCAGCGGACGAGAGAGAUGUGUCUUUGAAAUCAGAGAGGACUUGGAAUGACCGGAGAACACAGGUGGAAGCGCCAGCGACGGAUGGACAGCAGCAAGAAGGAGUCUUUUUAUGGCCCAUGAGGUCGUCCUCGAGAGGUCCACAUACAUUCCCCGCACGGGUCGCAGCUGGGGCAUGGGGACCAGGAACUGUGGAGCUGAGAAGCUACGGGAGAGGUCGGAGCCGGGGCACUUCCCAAGUCCCUCCUGCUGCACUCAAUACGGGGAUUAAACAAAGAAAAGUGUGUCUGCCAGGCUGGCGAGCCCAAGUCACAAGAUUGCGAGUAUCAUGCAGCACCCUGGAAUUCCUACCCAAACUCAUCAGAACGGGUACGCUGCCCGCCACGCGGAAACGGCCGUGUACCGGACUUUCCAGAUAAAAACAUUUAGUACAGGGUUGAAAAACCAUGUGAUGGUCAUGGAUUUCGUGAAGAGCCACUGGUUUCCGUCGCAGAGAAGAGCCAAAGUUUGUCUCAUCCAUAUGUAUCAAGGCCUGAAGACAGCUGAGCAGACAGCCAGCAGACAUGAGAUCCAUAGUCGGCUCUUCUCAUCCCCGAAAGAUCACGCUGCCUGGGAAAGAAAUGAAAGUCUUUCGCAUGCAGGAAUACGGGACAAUCAGUACAGCACAAACGAUCGAAUUGCCCUUAAAAAUCUCCAGUCUGAAGUUACAGAGAAGCAAUCUGACUUCGCCAAGGAGACGCUGGCAUCACAGAACACAAAAAUGAUUUCAUCCAUAGUCAUCUCACAGCUGAUUGAUGAGAAUAAAUCAAAAAAGAAUGGGGCCGCCUUACCUGUGGCGUGCCCGCUGGCUCAGCCUCACCUGUGUCCCAUGAGGCGGUCUCUGGCUAAUCGCAGUGGAGUCACCAUCGACAGGGCGUUCGCCUUCCUUCCGGGCAGAUCAGGAAUUCAGACGUCACCGGUGGGGAUGCAAGGACCUGAGACAGAGCCACCCCCCAGAGAGAAGCCUUGCAGCCGCCCCCAAAAGGGGUUUGCAUCCAUCACCAUCACCGCCAGGCGCGUGGGCCCCCCAGCCAGCACCCUGGUGUGGGGGGCUGUGCAAGACCCACUUUGCACCAAGUGCAGGGCCCAAGGCAUGCUGCUCGCGGACCCCUCUGCUCUGGCCGGUAGUGCUGAUCCAUGUCAGCACAACGGACCCUUCGCUUGCACAGAAUUCUCCAGAAACAGCUCUGUGAUGAGACUGACGUUCCCUGAGGCCCAUGCACGGCUGUGUGAGGGACACGAGUACUGGGUCCCCAGUGUGGACGACAGACAGAACAGGUUUUCUCCAGGCACCCCGCAGUCAGGAAAGAGCCCGCUGGUGUUCAGCUCCUGUGUCCAUCUCAGGGUGUCUCAGCAGUGUCCGAAUUCCAUCUACUAUCUGGACAGGUCCCUCUCUGUCCCCAUUGAGCCACCUCAACUGGCGGGCCCUAAAAUGCACAGAUCUGUCCUGUCGCUCAACCUAAAUUGCAGUUCACACAGAUUGACACCAGAUGGAGUAGAUGGCACAGCUAACGGAGGGCCAAUAGGCAGCACCCUCAAGCCAGAGCUCAGGGAGGGAAGCCAGAGCCUCCUGGGUCCACGCUGGGCCCCGAGCGUGCAGGAAAGUUUCUGCAAGGGAAACCCGUCGUUGGGGCGGCUGCAUCUGGGGACCAGCUCAUGUCCUUGGAGUGACUCCCCUCCCUUGGAGAAUACAGAUGGAGGGACUCACCAGGUGACUACAAGGAAGGAGAAGGAGGACUAUGCAGCUCGUUGUCACACUAGCCUUCGCGCCAACCAACUGUCCAUUCACAUUCCUGGCUGGAGUUACACGGCAGUAGAAACAAAGGUAUUUUCUGGAAGCAGCGAGAAGCAGCAAGAAGCACGUGUGACUUUGUCUGCUCCCCCAGUGGAACAGAAGCUGGUUAAAGAUUUUCUUCCCGAUGGGCAUAGCUCUCCAAGCAACAACUGUCAGUCUAGCAACAUUUCUGAGCCCGCAAAGUCUCAACAGCACAGCUUCCUGAAACCCAGCCUCCUUUUACCUGGGUUUCUGGGCCCCUUACAAGAUUUAUGCACAGCUCCGCAGGAAGACAAUGGUGUUCAGAUAGGAAGAGAGUUCCCCAGAGGAGAUUACACAUGCUGUGACUUGGUUGUAAAAAUAAAGGAAUGCAAGCAGAGGGAGGACUCUGCCUCGUCUGAACCCCAGCCAGCGGCGCCCGCACCAGCACCCUCCAAGGAACCAGACACCCCCGACCUGCAGGAAAACUGUUCUGAGUGCCAGGAGACACCUGCAAGCUCCUUGACCUUGCAGGAAGCGCUGGAAGUCCGUAACCCUCAGUUCAUCUCUCGCUCGCAAGAGCGGCUGAAGAAGCUGGAGCACAUGGUACAGCAGAGAAGAGCCCAGCGGAAGGGGGACCAGGGCCAGAAGCAGAGUCCGUUUCCUAUCCGCGCCCACCGGAAGCAGUUCACCAUCCCCCAUCCUCUUAGUGAUAACUUGUUCAAACCCAAAGAAAGGUACAUUUCAGAGAAAGAGAUGCACAUGCGAUCGAAAAGGAUCUAUAAUAACUUGCCAGAAGUUAAAAAGAAAAAAGAAGAACAAAAGAAGAGGGUGAUCUUACAGAGUAACAGACUCCGUGCCGAAGUCUUCAAAAAGCAAUUACUGGACCAGCUCCUUCAAAGGAACGCCGUCUAACCACAGCCUGCCCUGCUGACCUCCUACCUGGACCUGGGAUGACUUCAGACACUGGAUAAACCAUUAAACUUAGCAUUAUCUUCAUGACGUCAGACACUGUUUUUAUUCUUGAUUUUUUUUUUUUUCGUAAAGGAAAGCCUAGCUUCCUGAAUUGUUGACCCAAACCAAGCAGAAACAAUGACCCUGGAGGAAGUGGGUCAGCAUACUUGUGGGUGAUCCGGUCACAUAACUCACCAGAUACAGUCCCUUUACUUCUUACUUCUGAAUUUACCCUUUUGCUUCUGAUUUUUCUCCCCCUACCAUUUCCACCCAGACAGAAAGAACUUAUAUGCUCACAUGGGCUUAGAUCCCUGCGGGUGAUUUUUUUUUCCCCAUCAAAUUUCUGGGACCCAAAUCCGUCACUUUUUAAAUACCAUUCCCAACUUCUGCCAGUUCUAGCAACUCCAAACUUCAGGUCAUCACACGGUGUGUUUAAAAUCUCUCUGGAUGUGUGUGCCACGUAGUCCUGGAAGCUGACUUUGGAAAUAAGUGGGGCUGUGCCAGGGAGCAGGGAGCAAGCAGUCUGUUUCCCUGUGACCCGGGGGAGGUCAGCGCAGCC